UAAAUUAAUUAAAUAAUAAAACGUGUUAAUGAAACACUUAAUUCUCUUAUUGAUCAUGCAUAGCUUUGCUGCCAAUAUAGAUAUUUAGAUCUCUUAUAUUGAUGCUCCAUUGAUCAACAUACAUUGGUGUAGUGAUACAGUGUUAGCACUCACUUCUAAAGGAUCUAUUUACAGAAGUGAUGAUCGAGGGAGAUAAUGGACUAAAAUGUCAGAAAUAUUUCAUCGCAAGGCUCUUAUAUAACUUGAAGAUUCAGAUGAGAGAAUUGGAAUUGUUAAUAAUCUUGUACCUAGUCCUGUUGAUAAAUAAUUAAUCUUAUUUACAGGAACAGAUUAAAUUGCUUGGAUUUCACUUGAUUGUGGUAAAACAAUUACAGCUGUCAAUGCUGGAAAAUAGUUGCGUGAAUAUUAAUUUCAUCCAAUUGAAAAAGAUUGGAUUAUAGCAUCAGCAUGGAAAUAAUGUGGUUCUGAUGAAUUACUUGCAGGAACUCCUUGUGUUUCUUAUAAAGAGCUUUUAUUAAGUUAAGAUACUGGAAUCACAUGGCAUUCAAUAGCUACUUAUGUAAAUUAAUUUACUUGGGGUAUAAAAAAUAAAGAAAUGGCUAAAUAUACACCUAAAGAAAGAAUCUUAGCAUCAUUUGAGCCUUAAGGGAAAGGACAUCAAUCAAUUAGUAGUUGGAAUAUGGAUUACAAUCUUUAUUAUAGUGAUGAUUUCUUCUAAACUCGAACUCUAAGUGUUCCAGCUGGAUCAAGGUUUUUACUCACUGAAUCCUUUCUAUUUGUUGCCAAAGUCACAUCAUAAGCAACUUAAGAAGUUAGUCUAUAUGUGAGUGGAACUGAAUUAGGUUAAUAUAAAUACAGUGUUAUAGAUGCUGAUUCUAAACUAUUAGAACAUUCGUAUAGUAUUUUAGACACAUCAGAAAAUCAAGUUUUUAUGGUUGUUAAUCAUCUUAAACCAUCAUCUCCUUUAGGAGUUAUUUAUAUUAGUGAUUCUACUGGUACUAGAUAUUCCAGAUCCUUAGAAAAUGUCUCUAGAUUAGAGAAUAGUGCUGAAUUCUAUAGAGUUUAAGGAUUGGAAGGAAUUUAUUUGGCUAAUGUUUAUGCUGAAGAUUAAGCUAAAAUUUAUUCUAAUUAAGUUUUUGAAUCUAUGGAAGAGGGUUUCUAUGCUCAAUAAAAUGGAUUUAAAGAUGAAGAUCUUAAAAAAUAUAAAUAAACCAGAAUUACAUUCGAUAAAGGAGGAUAAUGGGUUCCUCUUAAGGUAUCAUUUUAUUUAUUAUUUUUAAUUAGCCUCCUACUGUUGAUGCCGAUGGUAAGGCAAUUAAUUGCAAUAAGUGUUAAUUGCAUUUACAUCUUAGUUAAGCAUUUUAUUAAUUUGCACCUAUUUAUACUUAAACUAAUUCCAUCGGUAUCAUUGUAGCCACAGGAUCUAUUGGAAAAUAUUUAAGCUAUCGAUAAGAUUAAGUUAAUACUUAUCUUAGUAGAGAUGGAGGCUUAACUUGGAUUGAAAUCAAAAAAGGUUCAUAUAUUUAUGAAAUCAGUAAUCAUGGAGGAUUAGUUGUUAUGGCUAAAGAUCAAGAAACAACUAAUCAAAUUGUAUACUCUUGGAAUGGUGGAAUGGAAUGGACACCAUUCAAUAUUUUGGAUUAAAAAGCUGAAAUCUAAAACAUUAUUACUGAACCAUAAAAUAAAGGAACUAGAUUCAUAGCAUAUGGAGCCAUUUAAUUAGAAUCUAAUGGUAUCAAAACUGAAUAAGGAUUAUUGGCUACUAUUGAUUUAGAUGAAUUACAUUAAAGAAAUUGUAUUGGAUAAGAAAAAGCAGGAGAAAUUGGAAGCGAUUAUGAAUUAUGGACACCAUCUGGACUUGUUAAUCCAGAGUGUUUAUUUGGCAAAAAAGUUACUUAUAUGAGAAAACGUAGAGAAGCUGCUUGCUACAAUCCAGAAUAGUUAGAAAAAAUUAUUAGUGUCACUCCAUGCUAAUGUUCAUAAGAAGAUUAUGAAUGUGAUUUGGGAUUUGUGAUGAACAAUUAAUAGUGUAUUCCUAUAAAUGGUACAAUAAAUAUUGAUCCUCCUGCUGAAUGUGAUGGAUAUUAUACAGUUUCUAGUGGAUAUAGAAAAAUUGCGGGAGAUAUAUGUGAAGGUGGAGUAGAGCAUAUUUCAAUGAGAUUUAGUUGUCCUAAUAAUAAGAAUUGGAUUAUGGAUUGGUUAGUAAUUGGAGGAAUUGUAUUUGGAUUAUAUUGGCUUUAUAAUAAUCAAGAAAAAGUGAAAGAAUAUUUUGCAAGAACAGAAAUGCGUGAAAUACCAUAAACAAAAUAAGAAGUAAUAGAAUAUGAUUGAUAUUUAGUUAUUGAUUCAAUAGAUCUAAUAAAGACAGCCAAAAUAGUAAUAAUAAUAAUAGCAACAAUAAUAACAAUAUUAACAAAUAGAUUUAGAAUAAAAUGAAUUAUAAGAUUAAAAGUUUGAUGAAGAUUUGAUAGAAAAAGAUGAUGAUGUACAAAUAGAAGAGGAAACAGUUCAUGAGUUGAUUUGA